ACACUUGAUAUGCCGCCGCCAAUUAAAGUUUGUUCCGCUUCGUUGUCUGUUCGCAAGUGCAAAAUCAAAAAUUGAUUGUUGAGUGACUUUAAAUUAAAAUAAAAUUCCAAACAUGGCCAAAAAUAAAAGCACAGUCUACUUAGGCUACGAUGAUGAAGAGAUUACGGAUAAGCAUACAUCCUUGUUGAAUAGUACUAUAAAUAAAAUUGGUGGUAGUGCGGACUGGCCAAAUGGUGAGAUAAAGAUUCCAGCAUGUCCUUUAUGUGGCACAGUACGUCCAUUGAUAGUACAAUUGUAUGCGCCUCUAGAAAUGUCUCAAUUCCAUCGUACGCUUUAUAUAUUUGCCUGCUUGAAUCCGGUUUGUUCGCAAAACUCUAAGAGUUGGCUAUGUGUAAGAACUCAACACUUGGAUACACCCGAUCACAGUGAUAUUAUUAAAGCUGUGGCAUCACCCAAAAAUAAUAAACAAAAAAAGAAAAAGGAGGCGAAACAGGCAACGGGAAAAUUGUCCUGGUGUAGUGGAGCUGAUGAUUGGGGAGCCGUCGAUGACCAGACAACUGUGCGAGAAAGUAUAGAACAAAUGGAUACGGAGGCAGAUGAAUGUAAUGAGUCCAAUGAGGAAAAUGGCAAUAUAAUUAGUGGAAAAAAUGUCAAUUUACCAAUGUCUAGUGGUGGCGAUGAACGUCCCUCGUCGAAUGAAGAUGAUGACGAAGAUGAAAGCAAUUCGAUGGAUAAUGAACUGAUUAUGAAUUUUAAUCAAAUGGAUGUGAGGGCAGCGCAAAAUGUAGCCGAAGACCCUAACGCCAACUGUGCUGAUGCCGCUGCUGGUGGCGGCAAUGGCAUUGCUGCUGCAGCCUCUGUGGAAAAUGAAGGAAAUUAUGCCUGCAGUGGUGCUUCUGCUGCAAUAUGUGCAGAAAUUGAAGGACCCGAAACGGAUGUUGUGCUAGUCGAGACACCUCAAAAGCCUGAACGUGAUUUAAUAGCCUUACUCAAACAUACACCUACACCGGCCGCCUUAGGACCUUUAGUAAAAUUAUCAGAUCUUACAAUUAAGCCCUAUUUUAUUGCGGUUGAUUUAGAUAUGAAUGCAUCGGGUCAGGAUUAUGAUUCAUAUGGAGGCUCUCUAUCGGCUGAACAUAUUCGUGAACUCUAUCAAGAAUAUAAGAAGCAGGAUGAAUCAGCAUUGUCACCAGGAAGUGCUGGUGGCAGCGGAGCUGGAAGUGGUGUUGGGGCUGGUACACCCGAAGAUCAAGAAACCUAUGAAAAAGCAUUACCGGCACAUGGUGAUCUAAUGUUCCAUCAUUUCUUGAGUACCAUCCAGCAGAAUCCGGGUCAAAUUUUAAGAUAUUCUCGUGACACCUUGCCUUUACUUAUAGCCCCAUUGCAAGAGCCAGUACCCAAGUGUCCAAAUUGUAACGGUGAUACAAUUUGUGAAGUCCAAAUUUUAUCUACAUUAAUACCCAAAUUGAGAAUGCUACAGAGCAAUGAGAACACACCCCUGGAAUAUGGAAACGUUUUAGUGUUUACAUGUUUGAAAAGUUGUUGGGAUACGCCUGAUAAAAUGCGCUAUGAAAAGAUUAUAGUACAAGCUGAAAAAUAAUUCAAUAAUGUUUUCGAGUCCUAAAUUCGAAACACACAUUGAAAGUGUUAAAAAAAACUACAGAAAUACAGAGAGGCUAAGUAAGCAGCUAAUACAAAACAAAAUAAAAAUUAAACCAAAGCAAACACUUAGAAAACGAAACUUUAAACGAUUGUUUAUCUACAAACUACUUAUAUAACCCUUUCCAAAAAAUCACUUCAAAGUGAUAAACAAAAGCCAUGUAUAACAAUAAUUACAUAAAUAUAUAUGUAUUUAAAGUUGUGUUAUCAUCUUGACAAAUUUCAAUAUUUAUAUUUAAAAACCCAGACAAAUUCUGUCCUCUAAGUAAAAUCACUAAACGGCUUCACUCAAACGGAAACUUGAACAUAUUUAUAAGAUGAGAUUGAUUUUAAAUAAUUAAAAUGAUAAAGUAUUUUUAAAAUAAAACGGAGACAAAAUGAAAGAAAUAUAUUAUUAAAAUGUGUAUGGUUAGCAUUAUUGAUUGGUCAAUUUCGGAGUCCACUUUUAAAAUAUACCGAGUCUACGUAAAAAAAGAAUAAUCAACAUUCAUCUAGGCAUUUAUUAAUUUAUUAUUUACUUGAUCGAUUGUCCCUUUUUAAUGAUAGUCUGUAAGUUUGAAUUUAAUACUCAUUUUCCCAAUCUUAUUCAUUUCUUCUCAAAUGAACGCAAAUGUGAUCUUUUCAAUUUCCAAAAUAUACUAUGUUGAGCCAUAUGAAAAAAAAAAAAAACAAAAAAUUAACUCAAUUUAAAUUAUUAUUAUGCUUUAUGUAGUUUUAAAAAAUUAAAAUAUAAAUGAAAUAAAAGUAUUUAGUGUACAA